AUGGGGCAGGGUGGGGGGGAUUUACCUCUCCCAGGAGCCUCCCCCCACCGGGACUCCCCGGAUAAAGGGCGGUAUGGCCGGGGGGGGUGGCGGCGAGGCUCGGGCUCCCGCCGGGGACUUCACGGUGCCGGGCACCGGUGGCCGCGGUGGCUGCUGCUGCUCCUGGCCUGGCUCAGCCUGGGACGCGGCGUUGGCACAGCUCAGAACCCAGCCCUGGGGAGGGGGAUGUGGGGCCCCCAGCCCCCAGCCCCUGCUCGGCCCCGUCGGCAGCCGGCCCAGGGUACGUGGGGGUCCUGGGGACCCUGGAGCUCCUGCUCCAGCUCCUGCGGGGACAGCGUUGCCCUCCGCACCCGGCGGUGCUUGCGGUCCGUGGAGGAGGAGCCGUGCACGGGGGACCCGCGGCAGUACCGGCUCUGCCAGCUCCAGGAAUGUCCCCCCGGUUCCGUUCCCUUCCGUGCCAUGCAGUGCUCCCUCUACGACAACCACCCUGUCCUGGGCACACUGGCCCGGUACCACUGGGUGCCUUUCCACGGAGCCCCCAAUGUCUGUGACCUCAACUGCUUGGCCGUGGGGCACAACUUCUACUACGCCUUCGGCCGGGUUCUGGACGGCACCCGCUGCAGCCCUGGCUCCCCAGACCUCUGCAUCGGCGGGCGCUGCCUGAGCGUGGGCUGUGACGGGAUCCUGGGCUCGGGCAGGCGGCCCGAUGCCUGCGGGCAGUGUGGUGGCAGCCACGACACGUGUCACUUCGUGCAUCGGCUCUUCCAGGGCACGGACCCCUCCUCCGGUUAUUUUGGGUACAUGAACGUGACCAAGAUCCCGGCUGGGGCCACCCACAUCAAGGUGACGGACAAGAGUCGCAGCUACCUGGCCCUGAUGGCCAGCGAUGGGCGCUACGUGCUCAAUGGGGACUGGUCCAUCGCCUGGCCGGGGCCGUACGAGGCAGCCGGCACCCGGCUGCGCUACGCCCGGGCCCCCGAUGGCACCGAGAGCCUGGAGGCGCCCGGACCCACCGCCGAGGACCUGCACCUGAUGGUCCUGCUGCAGGAACCCAACCCCAGCAUCGAGUACGAGUUCUGGCUGCCCCACGGGCACCCCCAGCCCGGCCGUGGUGACACCAGCCCCCUGCGGCAGCCCCAGCCCCGGGGAGCGGGGAGCCCCCCGCCCCCGGAGCCCCCCGGCACCCUGGCCCCCGCACCGCUCUCCCAGCCCAAGGGCUUUGUCACGGAGCCGCCAUGGAGAAGCCCCCCUGGCCGGAGCGGGGCUGGGGCUGCUGCAGGGCGAUGCGGGAGGUGCCGCCCGGCCAAGGGGCGAUCCCAGCGCAUCCAACACUUCUGCCAGAGCGACUUCGUCUUCCAGGGCCGGAUCCUGGCUCGGCGCUUGGUGGGGCAGGAGACGCGCUACGAGGUGGAGGUGAAAACCCCGUAUCGGCGCCGGUUCCCACUGGUGUCCCGGGAAUACCUGUGGGUGCCCAACACCUGCGGGUGCCCCCCGCUCCGGGAGGGCCACCAGUACCUGCUGAUGGCGCGGCGACACGUCAACCACGAGCACACGCUCAACCGCAUCCUGCUGCAGGAGGACGGCUACGCCCGGCCCUGGAGCCCCCGAGAGGAGCGGCUGGUGCGGGAGGCAGCCCGGCACUGCCCCCAGCCCCGCCCGCCCUGAGCCCCCCACCUGGGGAGGGGGCGGCCGGCGGGACCCCCCCGGGGCGGGGAAGGCUC